AUGUCAGGAAAAGCUUCUACAGAGGGCAGCGUUACUACGGAAUUUCUCUCUGAUAUUAUCGGCAAGACAGUAAACGUCAAACUUGCCUCGGGCUUAAUCUAUAGCGGAAGAUUGGAAUCUAUUGAUGGUUUCAUGAAUGUUGCUCUAUCGAGUGCUACCGAACAUUACGAAAGUAAUAAGAAUAACCUACUAAACAAGUUUAAUAACGAUGUCUUUUUAAGGGGCACGCAGGUUAUGUAUAUCAGUGAACUAAAAAUAUAA